GGGAAAACCAAACCAUUAUCUAAUUCUAAAUAAUUAAAUUUUUCAUUGUGAUUAUCAUCUAUACUUAAUUAACAAUUUUGGUUCUUUAUUAUUCCUAUGACAACUAAGUAAAAAGCGUUAUAAACAUGCCUCAAACAUUUCAAGUGCUUCGGUGCUACAAAUGUCUCGUCUUUCAAGUUCAUCAAACCAAAAAGUCAAAUAAAUGGGAAUGUAAAAUGUGUGCAGCAAAACAAUCAGUCAAAAGACAUUAUGGAAUUGGUACCGCCAAAGAUUGCCGUUUGCAUGUUCAGAAACUGAAUGGAAUUAGAGGGGAAAUGGAUGAACUAAAGGAGACGAAAAGAUUGGAUUCAGAUGAUGAAGAAGAAUUUAUUGAAGAUAAUACUCAUAUUGAAGAAUGUGAUGUUAAAACAAGUAAGUCACAAACAAACAGUAAAUGGUCAAAAUAUAUUGAUGAUAGUGAAGAGGUUACUGAAUCAGUUCCCGAAGCAACUAUGUAUCUAAACAAUACUGAGGUUGUUUUUGAAAUGCCCAAAAAAAGAAAGAGGACUAAUUUUAAAACUCCCGUAUUGCGUACACCUUUAUGGAAUUCUAAUUCUAAAAAACAGACUGAUGACUCACAAUCCAAUGUAAAUAGUAAUACUAGUAAUCCAGUUUAUGAUAAUGAUGGUGAUGAUCUUGCUUCUAUAACAAUGAUGCACUCAGAAACUAAAUAUCUUGCUACUACUGAACCAGAAGUAAAGAAGUACUUACCUAGUAAUUAUUUUAUUGAACAUGAACUAGUAAAGGAAAACACGCAAUUGCCAGUUAACGAUCAGAAAACUGUUCCACCAAUGCUUGCUCUACAAAAAGUUAGCAGCACUUCCAAAUGGGCACAAUAUGUUGAUGAAGAAUUUGAAGAUAAUGAUGAAAGUGAUAUGUCACUUAGCUUGAAUAAAGAUAAUUUUCAGAGUCAAAAGAAAAAUCAAGAAUUAUUUACUUUGUGUGAUGAUGGUGAUCUUGAUAAUGUAUUAGACAUUUAAAGUUGUUAUUUGUACAAGGAUGUUAGAAUAAACAGGCUACACGAAAUA